AGCCACCAUAGCCAUUCACAUACAACAAACCUCAGAAUUCUCUAUCCUAAAAAGCAUCAUCGACAGAUAAGCAAGCUUUUACACCCGGCUGUCUAAGAACUUUUGGUUCCAAAUUCAAAGUCAGGGAAGGGGGUAUUCAGGAUUGAUUGACUUAUGUUGCUUGCUGGAUAGUAGUUUCUGAAGGGCCUGGAAUUGAGAAUCGAGAGGAAGAAGAUAUAAAUGAAAGUGCUGAAGCCAUUGGUGCACCUUCUGGUGCCGCUAUGCGUUCACUUGAUCGCUGAUGCGAUGACUAAGUCUGUGCUGGUUGAUGUCACAACCUCUGCCCUCUGCCAUGGCAAAUCCUCCUGCUCUCAAGCUAUUUACAUCAAUGGACUCCAGCAAACUGUUGAUGGGAUAUUCAAGAUGGUGGCGGUUCCUAUACUUGGUCAGCUUGCAGAUGAUUAUGGGAGAAAACCAAUUCUACUUCUCGCUGUAUCGACUACAAUCUUCCCUUAUAUUUUACUUGCCAUUAGUCAGUCGAGGGGUUUUGUAUAUGCUUACUAUGUGGUUCACACACUUUCUGAUAUAAUAAGUAGACAUGGAAACAUUUUCUGCAUCUCAUAUGCUUAUGCGGCAGAUGUUACUGAUCAGAGCAACACAGCUGCAGUUUUUAGUUGGAUGCAUGGUUUCUUUUCUGCUUCCGAUUUCCUGGGAAAUGCCCUGGCACGUUUUCUUCCAGAGAAAUACAUCUUUGAGGUUUCAAUAGGUCUUUCGGCAUUUGCUCCUGUUUACAUGGCGUUGUAUCUAGUGGAGACAGUUAAACCAAUCGGUGGAGUGAAUCAAAGUCUUCCUAAUGUGAACAAGGUGAAGAAGUUUAUGUGGGAGCGGUAUGACUCUAUGAGACGUGCUGUAUUGAUUGUCAUCAGCAGUCCAACAUUGAAGUGCAUCACCCUGAUCAGUUUCUUCUUCAAACUCGGAAUGUCUGGCAUCGAUGCAGUCUUACUGUACUAUUUGAAAGCUGUUUUUGGUUUUAACAAAAAUCAAUUGUCACAAGUUUUGAUGGUCGUGGGAGUAGGUUCAGUUGUGUCUCAGAUGGUAGUGCUUCCCCUUAUCUAUCCAUUUGUUGGGGAGAAAUUGAUGUUUUGCAUUUCCUUGCUGGCAUCCAUAGCAUAUGCGGUGCUUUAUGGAUUGGCUUGGGCACCAUGGGUGGCUUAUUUGAGUGCAUCUCUUGGAGUCAUCUUCGUCUUGUUUACACCGGCUUCUUAUGCUAUGAUAUCCCGUGCAAUGAGCUCAACUGAUCAGGGUAAAACACUAACACUUAUUGAUGGUGUGACAGCAAUUGCCAUUUUUUUAUCUCCAAUCGGGAUGAGUCCAUUGACUACUUGGUUCUUGUCUGAAAAUGCACCAUUCAAUUGCAAGGGGUUCAGCUUUAUUUGUGCUUCUUUGUGCUUGGUUGUGGCAUUAUGCUACGCGUGCACGCUGCCAACACAAGUACCAUCGGAGAAGGCAUCCGAAGACGAGAUAGAGGGCAUUGAAGCGCCUCUUCUUUCUUCACGGUGAACUGAGAGGUGAUCAUUUGUGUACCACCAAAUGACACUGCCUGCAGGAAAAGAUUACGUUCUGUAUACAAUUGUACAGUACACCACAUAAACUGCAAAACUGGAUGAUUAACUUACGGGUUGUUCAUUCACUUGUGCAUAAAAUAUCUUUUAUUUACUUAACUGUAUAAAAUAAAAGUUCUGUAAUAUCAUAAUGUUAAUAAUAUGAUGGUUCCCAUAGUGGUCUUUUAUGACACUUUAUAUUCUAUACAUUAACUCUGUAUACUAAAGGGUACGGCGAACUACUAGUAUGGCAGUCAAUUGAUGAUCCCCGGUGAGGUAAAAAUCUAGAGAAGGGGUGAAUAGACUUUUACAACUUUUUUCAGUUUAUAAAAUCUUUCCCUCUUUUACAAUCUAUUCUAUACCUUUUGAGAGGUUAUAGAAUGUACAGUGGAAAUCUUGACCUCUUUAGAACGGUUGGAUUACACACUCUUUAGUUAUAGAAAGAAUGACUUUCUAUUUACAUUCUUUAACAAGGGAUUGUUUCAAGAAUCUUUCUGUGAAAUUGGAUACGUGAAGAGUUCUUACAACGUUUGUGGAAAGCCGGAGGUAACAACAACUAUCACAAAAGAUAUUGAGUUGACUGGAUGAUUACUUCAGCAGCAUGCUGCUGCCGCUACCAGAGAGUUGAUGAGGUAGUUGUUUAGUGAAAAGUUGAACUCUUUGCUAACUGAAAAAGCAAACUUCAAGAGAAUGUAAAUGGAGUUCAAAAAGGUUGUAAGAUACUUUAGAGAGUGAUGUAUGACUUCGGUUGCUUUGAUGAGAACAACUUUGACAGAAUUCUUUUCACCUUAACAGGGUAUACAAACUGUGUUUUACAAGUGCAGUUUAGA